AUGCGGGAAGAGGGUGGAAGCGACUGGACGGGUGGUGCCAGUGGGCGGGCGGCGGGGAUUCACGAGCUAGAGGAGAAUAUGGGUGAGCGAGACACUGACACUCAAGACGAGGGUUUCAAGUGGGGCCUCUUUUGGUCGUACCAGUCACCCAGUAACUACUGGACGCUACGCACAAGCUAUGAUACUGUAGUAAUAAUCGGGCCCUUUCGAGGUCCGUCUUUCUACCUUUACCUUAGGGACCCGGUCAGUGCCACUGUAAUCCCCUCCAGCCCCAACCUUUAUGCAAAUGCCACCAUCGCCCUCAACAUCAUUCUCUUGCGGCCGGCCAACGCAUCAUCCUCGCUGGCGCGCCCAUCCACCAGCGCUCAGCAGUACUACGGCAGAUUUGGCCGAAGAACCGUGCCCAAUUUCCCCGCCUCCAUGCGAUCAAACGACACGUAG